AUGUGUGAUGCGGACGAUGUCAUCCAGCUUAUAGUUCAGCCUUGGACCCUCGACAGUAGCACCAGGCACACCAUUGUAGACAGCCCUUGCCGAGGCAUGUGUGAAACUUCCACUUCCCGCGCCCGCCUCAAUGAUCUUGCUUCCGGGCCUCGCCCGUAUCCUUUGCAAGAUAUAGCUGUAGUCUGGAGUAUACACGACCUGCGUCCUGUGCGGCAGACUCAUGGUCCACAGCUCCGGGCUCGGCGCCAAGAUGUGGACGAAUCCGCUCGCCGCGGCAACGGCCUGCUUGGCCCCGGCCUUCUGCUCGCCCUCCGCCGGGGUGCUCUGCUCGUCGGCCUCACUGGCCUUUGGCUCUGCUUCGUCUUGGCCAUCACGCUUGCGCUUCUUCUGCUGAGGUUUACGACCCCUGGAGCCCGUGUCGACUUUUGA